AUGGAGCUAGGGGGCUCCGGAGCGCCGCGGCUGCUGCCGCCGCUGCUGCUGCUUCUGGGGACCGGCCUCCUGCGCGCCAGCAGCCAUGUGGAGACCCGGGCCCACGCCGAGGAGCGGCUCCUGAAGAAACUCUUCUCCGGUUACAACAAGUGGUCCCGACCUGUGGCCAACAUCUCGGACGUGGUCCUCGUCCGCUUCGGCCUGUCCAUCGCUCAGCUCAUUGACGUGGAUGAGAAGAACCAGAUGAUGACCACGAACGUAUGGGUGAAGCAGGAAUGGCACGACUACAAGCUGCGCUGGGACCCAGCUGACUAUGAGAAUGUCACCUCCAUCCGCAUCCCCUCUGAGCUCAUCUGGCGGCCGGACAUUGUCCUCUACAACAAUGCUGACGGGGACUUCGCGGUCACCCACCUGACCAAGGCCCACCUGUUCCAUGACGGGCGGGUGCAGUGGACUCCCCCGGCCAUUUACAAGAGCUCCUGCAGCAUCGACGUCACCUUCUUCCCCUUCGACCAGCAGAACUGCACCAUGAAAUUCGGCUCCUGGACCUACGACAAGGCCAAGAUCGACCUGGUGAACAUGCACAGCCGCGUGGACCAGCUGGACUUCUGGGAGAGUGGCGAGUGGGUCAUCGUGGACGCCGUGGGCACCUACAACACCAGGAAGUACGAGUGCUGCGCCGAGAUCUACCCGGACAUCACCUAUGCCUUCGUCAUCCGGCGGCUGCCGCUCUUCUACACCAUCAACCUCAUCAUCCCCUGCCUGCUCAUCUCCUGCCUCACCGUGCUGGUCUUCUACCUGCCCUCCGAGUGUGGCGAGAAGAUCACGCUGUGCAUCUCCGUGCUGCUGUCGCUCACCGUCUUCUUGCUGCUCAUCACCGAGAUCAUCCCGUCCACCUCACUGGUCAUCCCGCUCAUCGGCGAGUACUUGCUGUUCACCAUGAUCUUCGUCACCCUGUCCAUCGUCAUCACGGUCUUCGUGCUCAAUGUGCACCACCGCUCGCCACGCACGCACACCAUGCCCACCUGGGUACGCAGGGUCUUCCUGGACAUCGUGCCGCGCCUGCUCCUCAUGAAGCGGCCGUCCGUGGUCAAGGACAAUUGCCGGCGGCUCAUCGAGUCCAUGCACAAGAUGGCCAGUGCCCCGCGCUUCUGGCCCGAGCCAGAAGGGGAGCCCCCUGCCACGAGCGGCACCCAGAGCCUGCACCCGCCCUCACCGUCCUUCUGCAUCCCCCUGGAUGUGCCGGCUGAGCCUGGGCCUUCCUGCAAGUCACCGUCCGACCAGCUCCCUGCUCAGCAGCCCCUGGAAGCUGAGAAAGCCAGCCCCCACGCCUCGCCUGGACCCUGCCGCCCGCCCCACGGCACCCAGGCACCAGGGCUGGCCAAAGCCAGGUCCCUCAGCGUCCAGCACAUGUCCAGCCCUGGCGAAGCAGUGGAAGGCGGCAUCCGGUGCCGGUCUCGGAGCAUCCAGUACUGUGUUCCCCGAGACGAUGCCACCUCCGAGGCAGGUGGCCAGGCUGCUGGCGCCCUGGCCUCUCGCAACACCCACUCGGCUGAGCUCCCACCCCCAGACCGGCCCUCUCCGUGCAAAUGCACGUGCAAGAAGGAGCCCUCUUCGGUGUCCCCGAGCGCCACGGUCAAGGCCCGCAGCACCAAAGCGCCGCCCCGGCACCUGCCCCUGUCCCCGGCCCUGACCCGGGCGGUGGAGGGUGUCCAGUACAUUGCAGACCACCUGAAGGCCGAAGACACAGACUUCUCGGUGAAGGAGGACUGGAAGUACGUGGCCAUGGUCAUCGACCGCAUCUUCCUCUGGAUGUUCAUCAUCGUCUGCCUGCUGGGGACGGUGGGCCUCUUCCUGCCGCCCUGGCUGGCUGGCAUGAUCUAG